AUGAAGCAGUCACAAAAUUGGUUAGAAAUUGCUGUAUUAGGAAAUGAGAGAGUUGGAAAAACUUAUUUUAUUAAUAGAAUUUCUAAAAGCCGUGCUUAUCACCCACAAAUUGGAGUUCUAUUUUAUUCUAAAGAGUAUCAAAUUCAUGAGAAAUAUUUAAGAGUGACUUACUGAGAUUUGCCUAGGUUAUAAUAAUAAAAUGGCUUUAGAUGAUAGGAUGUCACUCUGUGAAUAUCCUCUCCAUCACUUAUUAUAGGUUUAGGCUUUUACACAUGCACUUCUGUCUAAUAGGGAAGAAAUGGUGAAGAUUUUCUUAGUUCGCAUCCUACAGGCAUCGUGCUUUAUCUCUUUUCGCUGCUCGAUAAAGGCAGGAUCCUUAGGCCGAACAGGUGCUGUAGGAACGUCGGAUAGAGCGAGGCAAUGCGUCAAGUCACAAGUAUUCCCAGGACUUCUGGACCUUCAAAUGGCUCAAGGAAACUAAAAGGGGUGAUAUUUACCGAUAAUUGUACGUACAAUCAGGGAAGCAGCAAAAACCGAGGAAAUGUAUAGAAAUUUCCCCUAGAUGGCGCUGUUUGCCCUUGAUUUGCCCACUGGAGAAAUUUUUUGGUUCGACCAGUCCCAUAUGGUUUUGGUCAAACCAAAAAAAUUUUUCUCAUGGGCAAAUCAAGGGCAAACAGCGCCAUCUAUGGGAAAUUUCUAUACCUUAAAGCCCUUCGCAACUAAGGCCCUGUUUGAGGUUAGUUAAACUAACUCCUCCCCCUCCGUGGGUGAACAAAACCAUUGGAAAAAUCCCUAUUUUUUGCCCAAAAACUCACCCUCCUCGAGCGAACAAAAAUUUUGUUAAUAUAACAAUUUUUUGUGAAAAAAAUUUGAUAUAUAAGUGCUAAUUAGUAUAAUAAAAUCUGUAGCUAAUUCUGUUUAAUUUUAAGAAGUUUGCAUUUUAAAACAUAAAUUUUACAAAUAAUAAAUAUUUGUUUUCCAAUUUUUGCAAAUUGGGAUUUAAAUAAAAAACAAAUUUUGUUCGCUCACGGAGGGAGAGUAAGUAAUUUAAGUCUAAGAGAUUUGCCUAGGUCAAGAGAUUGAAUUAAGCUUCUAAAAAGAUGACAAGAGAGAAUUAAUUUAUUUAUUAUAGUUUAUGAUGUAACGAGCAGAUCUUCAUUUGAAUCGGUUGAAAUAUGGAGGAAUAAAAUAAAUCAAGAUAUAUUCAGGAAAAAAAUAUUAUUUUAA